AUGGACGCCUCGGGCCACUCAGGCCCGUUGGCGGAGGAAGCUCGUUUCGCCGCAGAAUGUAAACUUUGCCCCGCUUCCUGUGAGCCUAGAUUUGACCUAGAAUUUCUUGCAGGUGCUUGGAGGCGUAGGGCCACGAGACCCGUAUCAAACUUUUUGGACGCUCCUUUUACUAUGGAGGAACUUGAAUCGGCAUUGGAAUAUCUCGAGGGUAGAAAAUCGGCUCCGGGAAUAGAUCAGGUAGAUUUUCCGACUAUUUGUUCCUUCCCUUCUUAUUUGAGGAGAGCUUUACUCGAUAUAUUCAACGGGUUGCUCCUUAAGAGAUCGCCCCCCGCAGAAUGGAAAAGAGCCAUGGUGGUACUUAUUCCCAAGGGCGGGAGUAAGGGCCUUAGGCCCAUCUCUCUGCUUUCUUGUUAUUUAAAGGUGCUUGAAAGAAUUAUAUACCUUAGAUUGAUGUGGUAUGUAGAAUCGAAUAAUAUCAUCCCAAAUGAGCAGUUUGGCUUUAGACGCGCUAGAUCAUGUGGUGAUAGCCUUUCUAUUUUGUCUGGUGAGGUUAAGAAUUUUAUGCUCAAGGGAGAUAAGGUUUCCGCGGUGUUCCUAGAUAUAGUAUCGGCAUUUGAUAAUGUGGACCCUUUGCUGUUGGUCGAAGGGCUCAUCGAUAUAGGGGUUCCUGACAAGCUUAGUUAUUUCAUCUAUGAAUUAUUGAAAAAAAGAAGAAUUCAAUUUCUGUGCGAUGGGGAAAUGAGCGACGUUUUCUUCUCUUACAAGGGUACCCCGCAAGACUCAAUUCUCAGCCCUCUUUUAUUCAAUAUUUACUUAAGGAAUCUCCCCGCUAAUUUGGCGGCGGGAAUUAAGGCUUUGCAAUAUGCAGAUGAUUUGGUUAUUUGGGGUGGGGGAAGUGACGUGCAAGGGGUGAUUGAUUCGCUGUCUUCCGCUGUGAAUCGGGUGGACUCCUUCCUGGGGGGUUUGGGUCUAUCGCUAUCCGCUGCUAAAUCUCAGAUUAUUCACUUUUCAAGAGGUGGACAUGCGAGUCCGUGUUCGCCUGUCUUGCUUGGAGUCGAACCUAUUCGGCAGGUUGAACAAGCAAGGUUCCUGGGCAUUAUUCUUGACUCGAGGUUAUCGGGUGGUCCUCAUAUUGAGGGGGUCACCCGCAAAUGUAGAGCGAUCUGCAAUGUAAUCACCUCUCUUGCGGGGGUCUGGUGGGGGGCUCAUCCUUCCACUCUUCUUACCCUGUACAGGUCUACCCUCCGAAGUGUCAUGGAGUAUGGUCACCAGGUUUUCUUCACUAGAGGCAAUUCGAGUAGGUUAAUCAAACUAUAUAGAAUCCAAUAUAAAGCGAUUAGAACAGCCAUGGGAUAUCGUCUCUCCACUCCCAUUAACACCAUGUUCGACGAAGCAAGGGAACCUCCUUUCAUGCGCCGACUGGAUUUUUCGAAUUCCAGAUUCAUUUACAAAAACGUAGCCAACUCGGAGAGUUUGGUCAUCAAUUCUUUAGCGGAUAUCGCGGAAUCUACUUCCUCCAUAAUAAAAAGAGUAUGGCUCUUGGACAAUCUUCCAUCCUUCAGGGCUUACAUUAAAUGUAGGGAAGACGGCGGAUCUAUUAGGAGGUCCCCCUCCCUUCCCUAUUUCGAAACUAGAUAUGAAUCUUUGAUUAAUAAUUUGCUCUUCCAUAGAUUAGAUAUCCCGGCACCUCUAGGCAAACGUGAAGCGACGCUGCUCUUCAAGGAGAUUUCUGCAGAAUAUCGUGCAGGAGCUCUUACCUUUUAUACGGAUGGAUCUAAAUCGGAAACUGGGGCGAUGGUCGGUGUAGGAAUAUUUUCUCCAGAAAUCGACAUAGGUAUCUCCAAGAGGAUUCCCCGCGAGGCCUCAAUAUUUACGGCGGAGGCUUGGGCCAUUAUGACGGCUCUUGAUAUUGCCCGAGAAAGGGGUGGUAGGUUUUGUAGGAUCACGAUCUUUUCCGAUUCCAAGAGCGUCCUAGAGGCCGUGUGCUCCUUCAAUCCUUUCCCUGCAAACUUUCUCAUCUCCAAAAUCAGAGAACAGAUAUACCUAUUCAAAUCCUCGGGAAUUACUGUCAAUCUGGUAUGGGUUCCGGCUCACCGAGGCAUUCCCGGGAAUGAAAUGGCGGAUGCAUUGGCAAAAAGAGCGAUUGUAACGGGAGGGGAAGUAUCCCCUGGAUGUCUACUUCCUUACACUGACUUUUUGGCUGAAUCCAGAAGUGAUCUCAGGAAUUCCUCCGAGAACUAUUUCAAAAUUUGUUCUGUUUCCAAAGGUGCUCUCAACUUUGAAAAAUUCCAUAACACGUCUCCCAAGCCUUGGUUUCACAAGGUUAGACUCAAAAGAGAUCUGGUGGUACUCAUUAAUCGUCUCAGAAGUAACCAUUAUAAUUUAAACCAUAGUCUCUUUAGGAAAAAUAUUGUUUCUUCCCCUAACUGUAUUUGUGGUUUUGAUACACAAGACCUGAAUCACGUCAUUUUUGAUUGUCCUUCCUUCUGUACGAAAAUGCAAAACCUCAACAGUUACCUACGUUCCACAUUUGCUGAUUCCUUGGGAUCCCCCCCUGACCUCCUUAAUUUGCUCCACGACCCCUGUCACAAACUAUGCCGAUUACUGUUGGCGGCCUUUAAGUCCGCUGAAAUGCUACCUUGA